AUGGACUCCAACACCGAGGAGAUGCUCGCCGAGCUCUUCGACGAGGAAGAUCAGUCUGCCAUCAACGACGAAGAACACCUGCUGAUCUUGGUCUGCCUCGUCGGCUUGAUCGCCAACGAGGCGGCGCCGCGGCGUGUUGGAUCGGCGCGCGGUCGCCGCAAGAGCAAGCCGAGGCAGCGGUACGAGGGGUACUGUAUCCUCUUCUCCGACUACUUCGCCGAUGAUCCUACACAGGACGAGAAGAUGUUCCGGCGCCGUUUCAGGAUGAACCGCAAGCUCUUCCUCAAGAUCACGCAUGCCAUGCGGGAGAUCGACACCUACUUCAAAUUGAAGAAGGAUUGCACCGGCACGUUAGGCUUUACGUCAAUUCAGAAGUGCACGAUGGCCAUGAGGUUGCUUGCGUAUGGUGCUCCCGCUGAUGCACAUGAUGACUAUCUGCGCAUGAGCGAGUCCACGACCCUUGAGUGCUUGAACAAGUUCUGCCGGGCAGUGGUGGCAGUGUUUGGGCCAAUAUACUUGCGAUCACCCAAUGAGGAAUACACUGCUUGCCUUCUCGCAGAGAAUGAAGCAAGAGGCUUUCCUGGGAUGCUUGGUAGCAUCGACUGCAUGCAUUGGGCAUGGAAGAACUAUCCAUUUGAUUGGCAGGGGAUGUACAAGGGAAAGGAAGGAGAGUGCUCGUGCUCGGAUGUCUUUGCCGAGCUUGUCGAAGGCCAUGCUCCCCCUGUGAACUACGAGAUUAACGGGCACCAGUACACAAAGGGCUACUAUCUUGCAGAUGGCAUCUACCCGAAGUGGGCAACAUUUGUGAAGAGCUUCUCCAACCCUGUGCCAGGAAGCGCGAAGGCUUGGUUUUCCAAGUGCCAAGAGGCUUGCAGAAAGGAUGUUGAGCGGGCUUUUGGCGCGCUACAGUCUCGAUUCGCUGUUGUCCGGUACCCAGCUAUGACUUGGUCGAAGUCCAACAUGUGGGAGGUGAUGCAGUGUUGUGUGAUCUUGCACAACAUGAUCAUUGAGAGUGAGCGGGAUCACCCGGUGCCUGACAGUGAGGCAAGUUCACCAUACUACCGUCAGGGUCCUCUUGCAGAGGUCGAUCACCAAGUGCCGGCAUCAUGGGCAACCUUCCUCACCACGCGUCGGGAGAUUCAAGACGCUGCAACACAUCAAGCUCUACAGAAUGAUCUGGUGCAGCACUUGUGGACGCGCAAGGGUAAUGGUAAUGCCGAUAAUGACGAUGCCAAUGCCUAG